UGGUGUGACGUACGCUAACUUCCGGCGUUGACGCUGUUGUCGUCAGCAAAGAUGGCGGCGAACUGUGUUCGUUUUGCAGCAUCGUUGCUGGGAAAAGGUGUAAAUGGCGCUUCGCCUACAAACCCAGUCACCUUGCAGUUAUACCGACAGAUAUGCGGGACCUCUGCCCUCCGCAGGAAGAACCUGGCGGCCGCAGGACCGGAAAAGUUCACUCCCGAAUUUAUCCAGAAGCAGAUAGAGGAGUUUGAGAUCGGGAAGCGGCACCUGGCCAACAUGAUGGGAGAGGACCCUGAAAACUUCAAUCAGGAGGAUAUAGAUAGGAGUAUCGCUUACCUCUUCCCCUCUGGCCUGUUUGAGAAGAAAGCUCGGCCUCUCAUGAAGCAUCCUGAUGAGAUCUUUCCAAAACAGAGAGCGGUGCAGUGGGGACCAGACAGACGGCCUUUCCACUUCCUGUUCUACACCGGCAAACAGUCCUACUAUUCCCUCAUGCACGAACUGUACGGCAAAGUGCUGAACAUCGAGAAGCAUCAAGAUCGCCUGAGAGCAAAAGGACUCUUCUCUACCGAGACCAAGCAGAUCUCUCUUGGAACAAGCAGGUGGCUCACCAAGGAGGAACUGGAAGAGUUAUUAGUAGAAACCAUCUCCACUCAUGAUUACGACCGUUUCAUCCAGCUGAUGGAGCGCAUGCUGUCCAUGGCCUACAGCAGCUUGGAGGAGGAGUUCAUCCUGCGCCACCGCCAACAGCUGGAGGCGCACACCAUGCAUCAGGUGGUGCCGCCUCUACAGAAGGACGACAAAGGGGUUGACUUCAGCACUGCAGAGGGCAAGAGGAAGACGUCUAAAUCAUCAGUAGUCGUCCGCGACUGCGGCUCAGGGUCCAUCACCAUCAACGGGGAAGACUACCUCCACUACUUCCCUGUGCUACAGGACAGAGAGCAGCUGAUGUUCCCGCUCCAGUUCACCGGCCUGCUGGGACGCUUCGACCUGGAGUGCACCGUGAGCGGCGGCGGGAGGUCGAGCCAGGCGGGGGCGCUGCGGCUCGCCGUCUCCAGGGCGCUGCUGAGCUUCGUGUCAGAGGGAGAAGGAGAGGCGAUGAGACAAGCUGGACUUUUAACAACCGACCCGCGGUUGAGAGAGAGAAAGAAGCCCGGUCAGGAGGGAGCAAGGCGCAAGUUCACCUGGAAGAAACGCUGAGGACGGUGGAAUCACCUGAAAACCUCUAGAGCCAUCAUGGUUUAAUCUUAGUCUGAGGCUGCAUUGAGAUCGUUUGGCCACUAGAUGGAGAUGUGUUGUAAAAAAUUAACAUUUACCUUGUUUUUCAAUUUAUAAAUAAAUAAAUUAAAGAUUUUCUUAUAAAAACUAAA